AUGAUGGGAUUCCUGGCCAAGACGCCUGCUGUGCUAUCACUCAAUGGCCAUCCUCAAGUGACGCUGCACGUGGAAAAAGACGGCAAAGUCAAUGAAACACAGCACGCGGAUCCCCCGACGUCUGUGGGCGAGCCAACGCUCGAGCCCAUGAAGCUCCUGGGCUCAUUGGUGCGACUGCGCAUCUCGGAUGGCCGCGUCAUCGUCGGCCGCUUCCACUGCUUUGACAAGCACCAGAACGUGGUGCUCAAAGACGCGCGAGAGUUUGCACCGACGCGCACCGGGCUAAGCAAGAACAGCAAGAGCAAGACAGUUCUUGCUGCAGAAGCAGAAGCACGCGGUCAAGAGGAAGAGACGCGCUUCGCUGGUCUUUUGCUGCCGUCGAACAGUCGCUCGCUUGGCUUGACUCUCGUGCCAGGCAAGCACAUUGUGUACAUGAAGGUGCAUUGCUAG